UUACAGAUGACUGGGGAUGUUGGGUUAUGGUCGUUCUCAUAUUGGCAGAUGAGAAUAGUGGAAGAAAAACAUGCUUUAACUUGGUCUGGUUUUAAGCAGAUAGUGAAAGAGAAGUACUAUCCUGCUUACUAUAGAGCUCAGAUGGAACGGGAGUUCCUAGACUUGGAGCAAGAAGAAAGAAGUGUCGAUGAAUAUGAGAGAGAAUUUACUCGCUUAGCAUUCUUCGUAUCAUAUCUU